AUGAACAAGGAAGACGUGCCAUGCCGACCAGGUUCCUUGAAAUUCACGAUUGACAAUAUCCUCAAUCUCAAAGAAAACAGCAAGGAAUUUGACAGCUGCCAUUCUAAAAUACAGAUCGCGACAGACCGUAAGAAUGAUUCUCCGCACCGACUUGAAGAUCACGAAGUUCAACAAAGGCGUGAGGACGAUUACAGGCAACACGAGACAGAACAAAUAAACACGCACUGCUAUAACGCCACUGGCCAUGCCCUGCAAGUAUGCCGGGAGGACGCUCUGAAGAUCACUGACACAUGUCCAAGGACAGAUAGCACGGACAGUUGCGACGACGGAGCAUCUAAGAACAAGAUCAGCAAGAAAAACAAAGUGAUGGCGAAAAAGAAAACGCGCACCAUCUUUUCGAAAAGACAGAUCUUUCAACUGGAAUCUACAUUUGAUAUGAAGAGAUACCUUAGCAGCGCCGAGCGGGCUUGUCUGGCGAAUUCGCUACAACUUACCGAGACUCAAGUCAAAAUAUGGUUCCAGAACCGCAGGAAUAAAUUGAAACGACAGAUAUCCACAGAACUCGAGGGACCCAGCGCUGUUGACCCUUUUACUGACGCGGGGAAGACAGUGCAACUUCCGACUCUUUACAAAGAGGGCAAUAUAUUAGGAAGAUGCUUAUUACCCAUGCCUCUUCCUAUUGUAUAUCCUGGAAGCAGCACGCCUUACCUGUGCUUCUCAAACGCCAGCAAAUAUUUUAGCCUUUUCGAUGGAGAUGUAUGA